AUGUCCAUGAAGAACCAGACGUGGGUCAGUGAGAUUGUUCUCUUGGGGUUUCAGAAUCUCCACAACUUCAAGGUUCCCCUGUUCUCUCUGUUCCUUCUGAUUUACAUUCUGACAGUUUGGGAGAACGUCCUCAUCAUAGUGUUGGUGGCCUUCAGCCGGAACCUCCACUCCCCCAUGUACUUCUUUCUCCAGCAGUUGGCCCUCACUGAUCUACUGGGAUCCACAAUUAUUGUACCCACCCUGCUCCAGACUGGAAUUUAUGAUAAAGUCAUGUUGCCCUUUGUUGGGUGUAUAAUACAGUUUUCUUUUUUUACUGCAACAGAAGCCUUUGAGUGUUUGCUCCUAGCAGUAAUGGCCUAUGACAGAUAUGUGGCCAUCUGCAUCCCCCUGAGAUACACUUCUAUAAUGUCCCACAGGGUUUGUGUUACAUUCAGUCUCAUGUCUUGGUUGCUUGGCCUCAUAUCUGUGUUACUUCUUGGCAAUAUCAUGGUUACCCUACAGUUCUGUGACCAAAAUACCAUUAACCAUUUCUUCUGUGAUUUCUUCCCUCUUCUUGAACUUUCCUGCUCAGACACUUCCUUAGUGCGUUUAACUAAUAUCUUACUGUCUUUCCCUGUUUUUUUCUUCCCCUUUAUACUCAUCAGUGUAUCAUAUAUGUGUAUUGCCCAUGCAAUCCUAAAGAUAGUGUCCCAUACCGGGAGGCAAAAAGCCUUCUCCACCUGCAGCUCCCACUUGGCCGUGGUCUCCAUGUUUUAUGGGACUCUCAUUGCUAUUUAUGUGGUUCCCCCCAGGAAAGAAUCACAGACCACAAGUAAAGUUCUCUCUCUGUCCUACACAGCAGUGACCCCACUAAUUAACCCCCUUAUUUACAGCCUCAGAAAUAAAGAUAUCAGACAAGCCCUGGACCAUCUGACCAACAAUCAGAAAGCUUUAGGAGUCACUUAG